UUCCAUGUCCUUCCAACCCAAGAACCGAAUGCAUGAGAGUCUCCACUUGUUCAACAGUAUCUGUAACCACCGUUACUUCGCCGCCACCUCCAUUGUACUCUUCCUCAACAAGAAGGACGUCUUCCUGGAGAAGAUCAAGAAAGCUCAUCUGAGCAUGUGCUUCCCUGAUUAUGAUGGUCCCAACACCUUUGAGGAUGCUGGUAACUACAUCAAGAUGCAGUUCUUAGAUCUGAACUUGCGACGAGACAUCAAAGAAAUCUACUCCCACUUGACCUGUGCCACAGACACAGAGAACGUCAAGUUUGUGUUC